CGGCACGCGACCCACAGAGCCCAGGACCACUAGCACACGGCGGGGAAUGCCUUCGAUGCCACCACUCGCCGAAACCAGCAGUCAAGAGCAAAGGCAAAACUAACAGAAAAACAAAAAACAAGCACAGGCGUUUCUCGUCAGAGCAGACUUUAUUGCGGCGACACGGCCGCUGUUCGCACGCUCCGCCGGCAGCACACCAGCCCCAGGCGCGCGCCCCCCUUCACCCCAGCUCCAGUUACCGUGCGCCGGGGUCGCGCGGAAAGUUCGCCAACUCCAGAGGCGGAAGGCGCAGCGCCGACGCCCCACUCCUGCCAGCGACUGAGGCCCCAAGCGGCGGUUUUGUCACUGUUGCACCGUGGAUGGCGGGGUUCGCGCGACGCGGAGCGCCGUAAAGCGACGGCGGCGCGGAGCUGACGUCACGCGCCGGGGGCCAGCCAGCGCGCGUGAGGGUCACCACGCCCCCUAACCCAGCGGCCCCCAAUCCGGAGGAGCCUGGUUGAGUAGGCGGGGCCUCGGCGACUAGAGAAGUAGUGCGAUUGGUAGGGAGGGAGGAGCGAGAGCCAGAACAGCGAGUGGGAUCGAGGCGGGGCGGGCCGAGACCCCUGCGGAAGUCUCGCGAGGCCGAGCCAGAGCAGAGUGUGGCGGCGGCGGCGGCGGCGAGAUCUGGGCUCGGGUUGAGGAGUUGGUAUUUGUGUGGAAGGAGGCGGAGGCGCAGGAGGAAGGGGGCAGCGUAACGCCGUCCCGGAGGGCGGGAGGAGGCGCGGCCAGGGCAGGCAGCUGAGGCAAGGCUAGCCAGGCGGGGAGCAGGACAAGCAGCGGCCGAGCGAGCGCGGGGCGCACCGAUCUCGGGAGGCGGGGAAGCCCCGCGGCCGCCGCGCCCGCCCCUUCCCCCGCCGCCCGCCCCCUCUCCCCCCCCGCCCGCUCGCUGCCUUCCUCCCUCUGCCUUCCUUCCCCACGGCCGGCCGCCUCCUCGCCCGCCCUCCCGCAGCCCAGGAGCCGAGGCUGCCGCGGCCGUGGCGGCGGAGCCCUCAGCCAUGGCCUCGGGCGACACCCUCUACAUUGCCACGGACGGCUCGGAGAUGCCAGCCGAGAUCGUGGAACUGCAUGAGAUUGAGGUGGAGACCAUCCCGGUGGAGACUAUCGAGACCACGGUGGUGGGCGAGGAGGAGGACGACGACGAAGACGACGAGGAUGGUGGCGGCGGAGACCACGGUGGCGGGGGCGGCCACGGGCACGCUGGCCACCACCAUCACCACCACCACCACCACCACCCGCCCAUGAUCGCGCUGCAGCCGCUGGUUACCGACGACCCGACCCAAGUGCACCACCACCAAGAGGUGAUUCUGGUGCAGACGCGCGAGGAGGUAGUGGGUGGCGACGACUCGGACGGGCUGCGCGCCGAGGACGGGUUCGAGGACCAGAUCCUCAUUCCGGUACCCGCGCCGGCCGGCGGAGACGACGACUACAUCGAGCAAACGCUGGUCACCGUGGCGGCGGCCGGCAAGAGCGGUGGCGGGUCUUCGUCGGGCGGCGGCCGCGUUAAGAAGGGCGGCGGCAAGAAGAGUGGCAAGAAGAGUUACCUGGGCAGCGGGGCCGGCGCGGCGGGCGGUGGCGGCGCCGACCCGGGUAAUAAGAAGUGGGAACAGAAGCAGGUGCAGAUCAAGACCCUGGAGGGCGAGUUCUCGGUCACCAUGUGGUCUUCAGAUGAAAAAAAAGAUAUUGACCAUGAAACAGUGGUUGAAGAGCAGAUCAUUGGGGAGAACUCACCUCCUGAUUAUUCUGAAUAUAUGACAGGCAAGAAACUCCCUCCUGGAGGGAUACCUGGCAUUGACCUCUCAGACCCUAAGCAACUGGCAGAAUUUGCCAGAAUGAAGCCAAGAAAAAUUAAAGAAGAUGAUGCUCCAAGAACAAUAGCUUGCCCUCAUAAAGGCUGCACAAAGAUGUUCAGGGAUAACUCUGCUAUGAGAAAGCAUCUGCACACCCACGGUCCCAGAGUCCACGUCUGUGCAGAAUGUGGCAAAGCGUUCGUUGAGAGCUCAAAGCUAAAACGACACCAGCUGGUUCAUACUGGAGAAAAGCCCUUUCAGUGCACAUUCGAAGGCUGCGGGAAGCGCUUUUCACUGGACUUCAAUUUGCGCACGCAUGUGCGAAUCCAUACCGGAGACAGGCCCUAUGUGUGCCCCUUCGACGGUUGUAAUAAGAAGUUUGCUCAGUCAACUAACCUGAAAUCUCACAUCUUAACACACGCUAAAGCCAAAAACAACCAGUGAAAAGAAGAGAGAAGACCUUCUCGACCCCGGGAAGCCUCUUCAGGAGUGUGAUUGGGAAUAAAUAUGCCUCUCCUUUGUAUAUUAUUUCUAGGAAGAAUUUUAAAAAUGAAUCCUACACACUUAAGGGACAUGUUUUGAUAAAGUAGUAAAAAUUUAAAAAAUACUUUAAUAAGAUGACAUUGCUAAGAUGCUCUAUCUUGCUCUGUAAUCUCGUUUCAAAAACAAGGUGUUUUUGUAAAGUGUGGUCCCAACAGGAGGACAAUUCAUGAACUUCGCAUCAAAAGACAAUUCUUUAUACAACAGUGCUAAAAAUGGGACUUCUUUUCACAUUCUUAUAAAUAUGAAGCUCACCUGUUGCUUACAAUUUUUUUAAUUUUGUAUUUUCCAAGUGUGCAUAUUGUACACUUUUUGGGGAUAUGCUUAGUAAUGCUGUGUGACUUUCUGGAGGGUGACGACUUGCUUGCGGUAGAUUUUCUUUAAAAGAAUGGGCAGUUACAUGCAUACUUCAAAAGUAUUUUUCCUGUACAAAAAAAGUUAUAUAGGUUUUGUUUGCUAUCUUAAUUUUGGUUGUAUUCUUUGAUGUUAACACAUUUUGUAUAAUUGUAUCGUAUAGCUGUAUUGAAUCAUGUAGUAUCAAAUAUUAGAUGUGAUUUAAUAGUGUUAAUCAAUUUAAACCCAUUUUAGUCACUUUUUUUUUUCCCAAAAAUACUGCCAGAUGCUGAUGUUCAGUGUGAUCCUUUGCCUGUUGAGUUACAGAAAGUGGUGCUCAGUUGUAGAAUGUAUUGUACCUUUAACACCCGAUGUGUGCAUUCAUGUAACGGAAAGGGCAACAAUAAAAUAGCGAUCCUAAAGAAAGAGUAUGGCAGAAAGACCUCUGUAAGCACAGCCUUAUUUUCCUCUGUUGUCCAGAAUACUUACAAUUCUUGAGCCUCCCAGAAAUUGGAAGCUAAAUAAAGCAACUCGAGUUUCCUCUAUUUUGCACUCAGUGACAGUGACUGUGAUGAGGUCCAUGCACGGACGCUUAGCAUUUCCUACACGCCCUGAAUUCCGAGAGCAGGCAGGAAGCACCCCGAGCUAGGGAACUACCUCAGAGCACACAGAUGGCCCAUGGCUGGCAGGAUUGCCCUUGAUAUCCUGGUGCGUGUGGGAGUGACAGGUUUGCGUGGGGCCUGAUGCUUUCUGAAGGGAAGGCACCGACUGGCAGUGGGUGCGCCGGGGAGGAUGGGCCUGCCUGUUUUCUCGUCACUCAGGCUGCCUUCAAGGGCAGUGGCUCCUUGGCUUGUCCAGUCGGAAACCUCAGUACAGUCCUUAUUAGAUGCUAUCAGAUGUAGUGAUUGAGUGCCCGUAGCUGUUUGCUUGUAGACACACUAAGUGCAGAGCGGCAAGGCGAUUAGAUUAUUAGAAAGUUGUACUCAGUGAGUACUUGACUUGUCAUGUGUGACCUCUUCAAUGUAUGAGUAUAAUUUUUGAAUUUUACCUAGGAUCAAAUACGAGACUUGUUAAAUAUUUUAUAAACUGCCGUGAUACAUCAAAAUCUCA